UGCGAACGCUUUCAUAGACACCAUCUUAAAGGAAAAGGUGCCGUUGCUCGUGAAGGAAUUACCGCAGCUUUACCCCUACGCGACCAUAGAAGACUUCUCGUUCAAGGUGCCUAAGAACUGGUUUACGAACCGCGACCUCACGGUGAAAAUGACACGUGGCGAGAUCCGAGGCCUGGAGACCUCUCUGCAGCGACUGGGAGACUGCGAGGAGCCAUUCCUCCAUGACCGGCAGACCGUCAUCGUCUGCAACCUUACUAUGCAGGGAGUUGAUGUUACCUUCGCUUCGCUGGCAAACGGGGAUUCGCUUUUCGCUGGUUGGAAGACCAUCUGGGUGAACGUAGCUGUGACGGACGGCUUAACUCGGAUCGAAGCCAAGGUUCCUGUCGGUCAGAGCGGCGGAACUCUUCGCGCGGAGAUUAACAGGGACUUACAGCUCGACGUCACCUACGACAGCAACCUGAGCCUCAACAAGGGCCGCAGCGAUAAGUUCAAGGAAGAAAUCACGGCUAAAGUCAAGAAAGAGCUAUACCCCUUGUAUUCAGAAUACGUGUCGCUUCUCCGCCGCGCUGUAAGCUUGUCCACGUUCCCGAGGGCCUAAUCGCACCAGAGUGACCUUGAUUCUUUGUUGCCAAUGAGCACGCAGUCUUUCUUUCUUCAGCGUAGGCGCGCUGCUUUAGUCUCAUAAUCAACACGUUCAGCUUUUUGCGCGAGCACUAUUAGUAUCAUGUGUACCACUGUCUAGAUUAUGAAAAGAUAUUGCGGCCGGUUUAUGGCCUGUCUCAAAAAAAAAAAAAAGUUUGCGGCGUCCUAAUUGCAAGCUUACCUUGUUGCGCGUGCUAGCAAAGGCGAUGCACAAUAAAGAAACUGCAC